AUGGACAUAUCCAGGUUAAUGGUCUACGUACAACAGGUUGAGGAUGAGAAGCUGAGGGACAGAGAAGAGUUCAGAAGUAAGAGAGUCAAAACCGGUAAUGAGUCCGGGCAGCAGAAAGUUUGGUGUAAUUCAGAUAUUAUUAGUGUCAUUCAGAGUGGUGUUUUUUGGUACAUAAUGAUGAUUUGCAAAUUAAUUUUGCAGCUAUCAGAUACAGAAACAAACACCGCGAAGAUUAUUGUUUCUCCUAUUAUAGUAGGGAUGGAGAAUGACAAUAGAAUUGUUGUUGGUGGUUCAAGUGAUGACUUACCUAAUAAUAACAAUGAUAGCAAUGACAAUAACUCACUUGACAGUGGCAGUGUUGGCACCCAACCUAAAAAGAAAAGAAAAGAAAUAGCACCAAGAUCCAAAGUUUGGAAUCAUUUUGAUAAGGUUGUUGAGAAUGGUAUGUGUGGAGCGAAGUGCAGGUAUUGUCACCAAUUUCAUACAUAUACUUCCAUUAAUGGUACAACUGCAUUGAACCAACACUUAGCAAGGUGCUCUAUUUAUAAGUCUAUUAUUGAAACUACUUCUCAAUCCAAGAUAAAUUUCUCGUCUACUAAUGCACGUGCACCACUUUGGAAAUUUGAACAAGAAGUAGUUAGGAAGGCUUUAGUUGAAAUGAUAAUUAUGGAUGAACUACCUUUUGAUUUUGUAGAAAAGGAAGGUUUUAAAAAGUUUAUGAGUCAAGCCCAACCUCUAUUUAGAAUUCCUUCUCGUAGAACAAUAACAAGGGAUUGCUAUGCACUUUAUAGUGAACUAAGAUACAAUCUGAAAAAGUCUUUUAGAGAAAUACAACCAAAGAUUUGCCUCACCACUGAUACAUGGACCUCAUUGCAAAGAAUAAAUUACAUGUGUUUGACUGCUCAUUUCAUUGACAGAAAUUGGGUGUUGCAUAAGAGAAUACUAAAUUUUUGCCCCAUCUCUAGUCAUAAGGGUGAACAAAUGGCAGAGGCUAUUGGUAAUUGCUUGCUUGAUUGGAACUUGGAUAAUGUGUUUUCUGUUACCGUUGACAAUGCUUCUUCAAAUAGUGUUAUGAUUACAGAACUAUCUAAGCAGUUAGAUAUGUGGGGAACGAACAUAAUGGAGGGCAAUCAUCUUCAUAUGAGAUGUAUGGCUCACAUACUUAACCUAAUUGUGCAAGAAGGUUUGAAGGAAAUUGAUAUUUCUGUCAAACGGGUUAGGCAAAUGGUGAGGUAUGUUAGAUCAUCUCUGGCAAGAACAAGAAACUUUGUGAAAUGUUGUGAAGUCCAAAAGAUAGAUUGUAGUAAAACAUUGUCGCUAGAUGUGCCUACUAGGUGGAAUUCUACCUACUUGAUGUUGGAAGCGACACAAAACUUUGAAAAGGCCUUUGAUAGGUUUGAUCUUUUUGAUGAACAUUUUAAAACUUAUCUAUCUACUCAUAUUUGUGAAGAUGGAAGUAUUGCUGGUACACUUGCAUGUGAUGAUUGGGCAAAUGUGAGAAGUGUAGUAAAAUUUCUUGAAAAAUUUUAUGAGCUUACAAUAAAGGUUUCAGGUUCACAUUAUGUUACAUCUAGUGUUCAUUUUGAGGAUAUAUGUGAGCUUGAUGUAUACUUAAAAUUGUGUCUUACAAGUGAAGAUCUUAAUUUGAAAAAUAUGGCUGAUGGGAUGAUAAAGAAGUUCAAGAAAUAUUGGGGUACUCCUGAUAAGAUGAACUCAAUGAUUUAUAUUGCUUCUGUGUUAGAUCCUCGCAAUAAAUUUGUGUAUGUUAGCUUUGGACUUGAAGAACUAUUUGGGGAGGAAAACGGAAAGAAAGUAGAUAAACAAGUGAAGGCUUAUAUGGAAACUUUGUUUGAAGAUUAUUUAAGAAAAUAUUCAAAAGAAUCUCAAUAUCAAUCAUCUCCAUCUAGAUCUACUUUAUCGGAUUUAUCUGAUUCAUCUAGCUCUUGUUCUCAAAAUUCGAGAACAAAAGCUUUGAGAACUAAGCUUCACAUGAAGAAACAAAAGGAAAAUAGUGGAAGUGGGGCUGCUAAGUCAGAGUUGGAGAGAUACCUUAAAGAAGAUCAAGAGCCUAAACAUGAUGAUUUUGAUGUUUUAAGUUGGUGGAAAGUUAAUGCUCCAAGAUUUCCUAUUCUUUCAGAGUUAGCUCGUGAUGUAUUGGCUAUUCCAAUUUCAAGUGUCGCAUCGGAAUGUGCAUUUAGUACCGGUGGGCGUAUUCUUGAUCGAUUCAGAAGUUCUUUGACUCCUAAAUGUGUGCAAUCUCUUGUUUGUGCUCAAGAUUGGCUUAGAAAAGAGCCUAAUUCUAUUUGUGUGGAAGAAAGUUUGGAAUAUCUUGAGAAACUUGAACUUGAAAUGGCAAACAAUGGAAGGGAUUCUUGCAUUGUUGACGUAUGA